AUGUCACAACACGUUUUGUCUUACGGACCAUUUCAGUUUCGGAUGGAGAUGCAGGUAUUUUACCUUGUUGAGUACUAUAAUCCUAACAAUGUUGUUGUGCUUACUGUUGCUCCACCCUAUGAUCUUCUUUUUGAGUUCCGCAACUUUGAAUUGGCAUUUUAUGGAAACACUGGUGAUUUAGACAGAGAAAAGAAAGACAGUUAUUUACUGAAUGUAACGGCUACUGAUGGCGGAACACCUUCUCGGUCGAAUCAGACUACUGUUAAUAUUACUGUGGGUGAUGCCAAUGACAAUACUCCUGUUAUCACUAAUAACGGGUCAAAAUACUAUGUUGCAAGUAAUGCCAAGAUUGGCUUUCAAAUCACAUCUGUAACCUUUACUGAUGAAGAUAUUGGAGUCAAUGCUGAAGUGGCAUUUACUUUGGUGAAGGGUGGUGAUAACAAGCUGGCCAUCCAUUCUAACAAUGGAAGCAUCUAUGUAAUAGCUUCUAUUGUCAAUGACACAGAGUUUACUCUAACUGUUACUGCAAAAGACAAAGGCGCACCAGCCUUGUCAACUGAUGGUGUUAUUGUCAUUGUUGUUGAAAAACCUAAUAAUCAUGCUCCUGUGUUCUCAAAUUUGCCUAAUCAGACUAACAUUGUUGAGAAUAGUGCAGUUCCGUCUUUGCUGUUUACAGCAAUUGCAUCUGAUGGUGAUUCGUCUGACACGUUAGAAGGCCAAUUCUCAUUUUCUGUUCCAACUUCUAGUCCAUACAUAAGUAUCAACAGCAGCACCGGAAAGAUUACACUAGAAAAACCAUUUGACAGGGAGGAGCAAAAAACAUUGAACUUCACCAUUCGUGUUACUGACAAAGCACUGAGAUUGGCAAAGUCAGCUGAUGCCACUCUGACAGUCACAGUCCUGGACGAGAAUGACAACAGUCCUAACUUUGAUGAGAAGGUUUAUGAAAAAGGUGUUGCAGAGAAUAGUACUAUUGGUACAACUAUAUUGAUUGUUUCUGCCAUCGAUUUGGAUGAGGGAACAAAUCAGAAACUAAAAUACUAUUUUGAGCCCACAACAGAUGAUGGUUUUUUCUCACUAAAUCAAGAAACAGGUGCUCUAAGCAUAAAGAAGACUCUUCAUCAAAAAACAAACCCUGUGCAUAAUGUUACUGUUGUUGCUGAGGAUGCUGGCUCUCCUAAACUGAAUGCGACAGCUGUGGUGAAGAUUAAUGUUAUUGAAGUGAAUGACAACAGUCCCGUGUUUAAUGACGUUUCUCCUGACAUCUAUGUUGAUGAGAAUUUGACUCCUAUUACUGCUUUCUACAGCAUCAACGUAACAGAUGCUGAUGAUGGUGUUGCUGGUCAGUUUGAUGUUGCAAUUAUUAGUGGAAACAAGUCAUUUUUUGGUGUUGACGGCAAAUCUCUGACACUUCUUAAGACAUUUGAUUUUGAGGCUCUGACUGUGUUUGAAUAUCCUGUUGUUGUGAGAGCUACAGACAAAGGAGGAAGGUCAACAGAUUACAACUUUACUGUCCAUGCACGAGAUGUCAAUGAAUUCUCACCUGAAUUUGAGGAAGUUUCGUACUCAGCUACAACUGUUUCUACUCAAGUCUCCGGCGCUGUUGUAACAACUGUUCAUGCUACAGACCAAGAUGGUGAUAAGGAUGAUCGUGUAGUUGAUUAUUUGAUUACAGCUGGCUUUAUCAACAACGUGCCAGAGUUUACAGUAGACAACAAUGGCAGUGUUAAAAUCAAUGGUCUGAUUGGACGAGCUAAUGACAUUACAUUUAACUUGACUAUCAAUGCCACUGAUCGAGGAUAUCCAGCUCGUAAAAGUGUAAGUGUGCCUGUUUACAUCAAGGUUGUCGUUGAUAGGAACAACCAUAUUCCAUACUUUGUGCCUACUAAUUAUUAUACACAGCUUGAUGAGUCUGUUCAUAUGGGAACUUUGGUAAUCGCAGUAACAGCAAAAGAUGAUGACAUUGGCCCUAGUGGUGAGAUUGCAGAAUAUCGACUUUUUCACGGUGGUUCUGUCUUUAGAAUAAAUAGGACCACUGGACAGAUCUAUACGAACAAAACACUCAAUUUUGAGGAAACAAAAUCAUAUUUCUUGACUGUGACUGCCAUUGAUGGAGGUCAUCCUACACCACAUGCAAGUACUGCAAAUGCUGAGAUAACUAUCACAAUUGACAAUAUAAAUGACAAUGACCCAAGUUUUGUUCGUGAUGUGUAUGUGGCACAGGUAGCAGAAGAUGUCAGCAAUGGAACAGAUGUUGUUAAGGUGUCUGCAACUGAUGCUGACUUUGAUAUCUCAAACAAUUUAGAGGCUGGGACUGUGAGAUACAGCUUGAUAGGAAGGGGCAGUGAGAUCUUUUCUGUUGAUAAUGUCACAGGACAGAUAGUGACCUUGGGAACACUGGACAGAGAGACAACUUCUUUCUAUCAGCUCACUGUCAUUGCAACUGAUCAGGACGAAAAUGUUUCUGUACGUCGCUCUGGAACAGCAGUGGUCAACAUUACGGUCACAGAUGUUAACGAUGAGCCUCCAAAGUUUGUCAAUAUCUCGGUAGUUUCCGUACCUGAAAAUAAGGCAGCAAACUUCACAGUAGUUACUGUCCUUGCUGAAGAUUCUGACUUAGGGCUAAAUAAGGAAGUACGUUACAGAAUUUCGGAUCCCUCAGCAGCAUUGAACUUUGAUAUUGAUCCAGUCAGUGGCAAGAUAGAGACUAAGAAGACAUUCGACAGAGAAACUCAGGAUGAGUACCUUAUACAGAUUGUAGCUACAGACAGAGGUUCUCCUCCGCUGUCAUCUAGUGUGGUUGUGACAGUUAAAAUUGGUGAUGAGAACGAUGAGAAUCCCGUGUUUACCAAUAGUGUGUAUGAAUCCGUUGUACCCGAGAAUGUGUCAAUUGGAGUUGAAGUGGUCAAAGUUAAUGCGACAGACAAGGACAUUGGUGUAUACGAAGCAAUAACCUACUCUAUCAAGAAUGGAUCAACAGCAGAUAGUUUUGCUAUUGAUUCAACUACAGGCUCUAUUACAACUACAAAGAAGCUGAACUAUGAAGGCAGAAAGGAGUACAAGUUUACGGUAGUUGCUACAGAUGGCGGCAAUCUAACCGGUGAGGCUGUGGUCAUAGUGAAUGUUAGUGACAUCAAUGACGUCCACCCUGUUUUUGUGCAAACGCGUUACAAUAGUUCUGUUCCUGAGAACGUUGCUAAUGGUUAUAGUAUUGUACAGGUGAAAGCUGUUGAUAGUGACAGUGUUGGAACUAACAUUGGAUAUCGUCUUGCCAGUGGUGGUGAUAGCAAGUUUGAGGUUGACAGUUCAACAGGUUGGGUAACUAAGGCAGCAUCUCUUGAUUAUGACAGCGUGAGUGAAAGUCGGACAUUCAAUCUAACCAUCGAGGCAUACAAUGCUUUUGAGGGACUGAACGCAUUAACUCGUGCUACAACAUUUGUUUACAUAUCUGUCAUUCCAGUUAAUGACAAUGAACCAGUGUUUGAGGGUGCGUUCAUACAGGAAGUUACUGUGGAGGAGAACAAAGAUGCUUCAAGUAUCUAUGUUGUCACAGCUAGUGAUCAAGAUAUUCCAAAACAGACUAUCACCUAUCAGCUGUUAAACAGCAGAGAUAAGUUUGCCAUCAACAGUUCAACAGGUGUAAUCAGCACAUUGGUAAAGCUAGACUAUGAAUCUGUGACAUCGUAUAAUCUUCUAGUUCAAGCUAAUGAUCAUAUAGGAGAAUCAGACAACAAGCAGGCUACAAUAUUUGUUAAGAUACUUGUCAAAGAUCAAAAUGAUCAAUAUCCAUAUUUUGAGCCAUCGUCUUAUGAUCGGUCUGUUCGAGAAGAUGUUGCUAUUGGGGUGUCAACUUUCACUGUAACCGCAAAGGACAGAGACACAAAUGAAACGUUUUUGACAUUUGCUAUUAGCAAUCCAGGAGAUCGCCGUUUUCGAAUUGGAUCAUUGAAUGGUGCCUUCGUAGUUAAUGAUCUUCUUGAUAGAGAAACAGAAGAUACGUAUGUUUACAAUAUAUCUGUUGCUGAUGAAGCUGCACACACUGUGUAUGCAACAGUUACUAUUACGAUUACUGAUGCAAAUGACAAUGAGCCCAAAUUUACGAACACGUCAAUAACGGCAGAAGUCUCGGAACAAGAUUCCCCAGGUGCUACUGUAGUGUCAGUAUCAGCUACUGAUGAUGAUAUUGGAUCAAACGCAGACAUUCGGUAUGAAAUAACUGGUGGAGAUCCAAAAGAACAGUUUAGUAUCGACAGUGAAACAGGAGCUAUCACAAUUGCCAAAUCUUUGAAUCGAGAAGAUAUACCUCAAUACAGUCUGAUUGUUACAGCAAAAGAUCUAGGAGAUAGUCCAUUGUCGAGUAGUAUUGUUGUAACCGUUACAGUUGCUGAUGUGAACGAUGAACGUCCUGUUAUUGAGGCUCCUUCUUAUGAGGGCUACAUUAAAGAAGAUGCUGUUUUGGGUUAUCCAGUUUAUACAGGAGAUAAUUUGGUAGGGCCAGUUUUAACAGUGACGGCGAAAGACAAUGACACAGGAGUAAAUCAUCAAGUUGAUUAUUUCCUUGAGCCGUUUGCUGCUCCAUUCCAAAUCAACAUCACGACAGGCGAGGUGUCAACAAAAGGAAGUCUAGAUCGUGAGACACGAGACACCUACCAUCUGUCUGUGAGAGCAAAAGAUGGAGGUGGUCUGUACAGUGAUGCAGUCUCUGUGACAAUUACAGUGAUCGAUGCAAAUGACAACACACCUGCUUUUGUCUUGAAUCGCUACAUUGGAAACGUCAAAGAGGAUUCCUCUAUUGGCACAGAAAUUGUUACAGUAUCCGCUACAGAUGAUGAUCUAGGUGACAACAAAGUGAUCACAUAUAACAUUGUUUCAGGCGACAACCAAAACAUUUUCAGUAUCAACAGAACAUCAGGACAAAUUGAUGUAGCGAAAAAUGACUCACUGGAUAGAGAAAGGUUCCCGUCAUAUACUCUGAAUGUGAGUGCAACAGACAAGGGAGGACGGAGUAGUAACACUUUGGUUGAUAUCACCGUUCUUGACGCUAAUGACAAUACCCCAAUCUUUACACAAGACAUCUAUCAGAGCAGUGUUGUUGAAAAUUCGACUGUUGCUGUGUCUGUUGUAACAGUUAGUGCGAGUGACAAAGAUGAGGGUAAAAAUGCAGUUGUCACAUACGCUAUUGUACAGUUAGAUGGCUCUAAGUUCUUCAAGAUCAAUCCGAGAACUGGUGUUGUGUGGACGUCGACAGAGUCACACCUUGAUUUUGACACAAAAUAUAUUUACAGUUUGACUAUAACUGCAACCGACAAUGGUGAUGCACAGCGCACUGGCACAGCGAAAUUGGAAAUAACCGUGAUUGAUAGAAAUGACAAUCCACCUGUGUUUCCUCAGCGCAGUUACACUGCAAGCGUAUGGGAGGAUAGUUCAACUGGUACCAGUGUGCUACAGACCUCGGCCACUGAUGCUGAUUCUGGUAGAAAUAGCCAGAUUAUUUAUACUAUUGUGGCAAGUAAUCCCGAGAGUGGAGUAUUUAGCAUCAGUGGUACAGGUGUUAUCUCGGUAUAUAAGUCUCUGGAUAGAGAAUCGACUGAUAAAUACUUUCUUACCGUGCGCGCUCGAGACUCUGGGUCUCCAUCUUUGUCUGACACAAUUCACGUAACAAUAACAGUACUUGAUGUCAAUGACAAUUCUCCAAUUUUUGGCAAGGAGACGUAUUUGGUGUCACUGGAUGAAAACUCUGCCGUUGACAAAACCGUUCUAACCGUGUCUGCAAGUGAUAAAGACUCUGGAACCAAUGCCGCUUUGACGUAUUCUUUCGUCCUUGAAGGCUCAACGGCCGAAAGCUCAACGGCCGAAGGCUCAACGGCCGAAGGCUCAACGGCCGAAGGCUCAACGGCCGAAGGCUCAACGGCCGAAGGCUCAACGUCCGAAGGCUCAACGCCCGUAGGCUCAACGCCCGAAGGGUCAACGCCCGAAGAGUUAACGCCUGAUGAUUCGACAUCAUUUCAAAUUAACAGUACAACUGGCGUUGUUACUGUGAAACUCGUGCCAAACUAUGAAGUAGACAAGACCUUCACUUUGAAGGUGAAAGCGGUCGACAAAGGCAAUCCCAAACGAUCUGGUACUGCAACUGUUGAAGUAACUAUCAACGACUUGAACGACGAAAGUCCAGUGUUCACGCAGUCUUCGUACUUCGCGAACGUGUAUGAAGACGCCAAAAUUGGUUCCACCGUUAUAAAUACUAUCUCGUCGAAUGAUAAUGACACGGACGCAGCAAACGUGAGAGCAACGUACCGAAUUGUCAACGACACGGUGACUUUGUUUCGAAUCGACCCGUCGACGGCUGUAGUUACAGUAGCUGCGUCUCUUAACAGAGAGGCGACGGAAUCUCACGUCCUUACGAUCGAAGUAACGGACGGAAAGUUUAAGGACGCGGCCACUCUGACGGUCACGGUGCUGGAUCGAAAUGAUCACAAGCCAGUGUUCGUGAAAUCUUCUUAUUCUAAGGAGAUAACUGAAGACUUCUCGGUGAACGACAAUGUGUUACAGGUCAGAGCAACGGAAAACGAUCAGGACGGCAUUGGCAACUCUGAGAUAGAAUACUACAUUACCGAUGGGAACGAUGAAGGCAGGUUCCGUCUGGAUAACAAGACCGGAUGGUUGAGCCUGGUGAAAUCUCUCGACUAUGAGACUACCGAGUCUUACGAACUGAGUGUGGAGGCAAGAGACCGUGGAGAUCCGCCUCAGACGUCAUCUCCCGUAAGAGUCGAUAUCACUGUCAUCGACAUCAACGACAAUUCACCUGUUUUCGUCGCAACGUCGCCGCCGGUAGUGUUCGAUAACAGCGGCAACGUGUCUACCUAUACCGUCAGUGUGACGGAGAACGGCGACGUCGACGUCGUCCGAGCUGUCGUCAGCGCAACGGAUAAAGACUCCGCCGACAACAGCAUUAUCGAGUACAAAAUCACUUCCGGCAACGACGCAGAGCGAUUCGCCAUUAACAACAAAACAGGCGAAAUCAGGAACGUCGUCUCUUUGGAUCGCGAUGAAGGCGAUGACAGCUAUACACUUAUCAUUGUUGCCACUGACAACGGAUUACCAUCGAGUUCAUCGUCGGCCGUCGUCAUUAUCAUUAUCUUGGAUGAGAAUGAUAACCCACCCGUCUUUAGUAACGCUUCCUACAGCGUUGCCGUGUCGGAGAACGGUCCAAGUAGCGGCAGUAUCAUAACCGUGUCUGCGACCGACAAGGACUCGUUGUCUAACGCCGAGCUUCGCUACAGCAUCACGGGCGGCAACACUGCCGGAGUGUUCUCUAUCAACAAGACGACGGGUGUCGUCUCUGCAAAGCCACUCGACUACGAGACUGACCAACAAUUUACGCUUUUUCUCGAGGUGACGGAUGGCGUCGCUAGUGAUGUAAACCGGAGAUCGGACUCAGCCGUGUUACUCAUUCGAGUGAUCGACCAGAACGACAACUUCCCGAUUUUCGUUACCGGUUCCGCAUUCCCGACGUCCGUCAACGUGAACGAGAAUACCAGCGUGCCGACGGUAUUGACGACCGUGUCGGCGACGGACGAGGAUUCAGGACCGCACGGGCGCGUUACGUACAGAUUGCUCGCGUCAGACAAAUUCUCGAUAUCAAACGUGACGGGCAUUUUGUCAACCGCCAAAACUUUGGAUUAUGACGAAGGCGAUCAACAACUGUCGGUCGUCGUCGUAGCGGAAGAUGGCGGAAGUCCAGCGAAGACUGCAAACCGGACAAUAAACAUCACUGUCAAUAACAUCAAUGAUAAUCCGCCGGUUUUCAAACAAUCGACGUACAGCAAAACAAUUAAGGAAGAAGGGAAGGUCGGUUUUAGCGUCCUGACCGUGUCGGCCACGGAUAAAGACGGCGACGUAUUAACGUACAGCAUACUGUCCGGCAACGUCGGCGGCGCGUUUGCGUUAGACGAGAAAACGGGAGAAAUCACGGUAGCAGCGAGAUUGGAUCGCGACAGCGACACUAAGAGGUACACGUUGACCGUGAGAGUCGAGGAUGGCAAAUUCGCUCAGACUGCGACAGUCAAAAUCAUACUUCAAGAUAUCAAUGACAACACUCCGGUGUUCGACCAAGAUCUCUAUACGGCGAGUUGGCCGGAAGAUACGGCCGUCAACACAACGUUGGUGACAGUAAGGGCAACGGAAUUGAGCGAGGACGCACACCAGUACGCAAGAAUCGAAUACACAUUUGAUUCUGGAAAUUUUAGUAAAUUCAGCAUCGACAAAGAGUCCGGAGUUAUAUUACUAAAGGAAAAAUUGGACUUCGAGACGGCCAAAGUAUUCGAGUUUGUCGUUGUGGCAACAGAUAACGUCGAGUCCGAAGACGACCCUGGCGCAACCGGAUCGGGCCCUGUGGCAUCCGGAUACAGUCCUCGUAGUUCUAAUACGACCGUGACGAUCUCCGUCACUGACGUCAACGACAACAAGCCGUUCUUCGUCGCCACUCCGUAUCAAGCGAAUGUGUCGGAGGACGCACAUCGGCUCCAGUCCAUCUUUCGAGUGGCGGCCGAAGACAAAGAUUCCGGUGUCAACGAGGAAAUCCAGUUUGCUCUAGCGGCCGGCAACGACGACGGAAAGUUUGAGAUCGAUCCGACAACGGGAGUCAUCCGAAUCAAGUCUAGUCUGGACUAUGAGACGGUAACGAGUUAUGAACUCACAGUCAGCGCGACGGACAAAGGAAAGGGAAGGCUCAACGGUACGGCUGUGGUAGACAUUAGUGUAACUGAUAUCAAUGAUAACGCUCCUCAAUUUGAUAAGAGUCACUACACGAACGACAAUAUAUCGGAGAGUACGGCCGUCGGCACGGUUGUUCUUACCGUGAAUGCGAGCGACCGGGACUCACCGGCGAACGCGAAGAUUACGUACAACGUUCAGCUCUUCUUUCCCUCCGUGUGUGAGGAUUGGUUCUCGUUCAAUUCAACUUUCGGACGGUUUUCUGUCAAGACGGAGUUGGACUACGACGACGUAGCUGUACGGUCGUGUAGUUAUAUUAUUCAGGCGAAAGACAGCGGCACUCCGUCGCGCUCUGCAACGACCUUCGUCAGUCUGGCCAUCGUCAAUGCGUUCGAUCACUACCCGAUCUUCUCUCCGUCGUACGCUGCCGUCAAUAUUACCGAAGACUCGGUUCGCGGCACUUUGCUGUACACGGUGAGGGCAACAGAUGAAGACGCCUAUGACAAGAUCACGUACUCUGUCGUCAACAACACUAAGUUCUCGGUUGAUUCCAAUGGCGUCGUGACAACAAGGUACUUGUUCGACUACGAAAUGGCUGCCGACCGAGUGACCACUGUUGUUAUCCGGGCUACAGACAGGGAGAAUUUUUUUGACGACUUCAGUUUGACUUUGACGGUGACGAACGUGAACGACAACGAACCCGAGCUGACGUCGUUCAAACAGGUCAGAGUCCGCGAGAAUGUGGCGAAAGAUACGACGAUUGCGACGGCCGUUGCGGCGGACAAAGACAACGAUACGGUCACGUUCAGUCUUGGGUUGAACGACGAGAACCAGUACGGUUACGGUCUCUUCUACGUCGACGGCGCCAGUGGAGAAAUCAGAGUCGGCGCGUCACUCGAUCGAGAAGCGAGAGUGAAAUAUACGCUUAAGGUUGUCGCCGACGACGGCAAGUAUACGGACGACACGACGUUGGGUAUUACUGUACUGGACGUCAACGACAACAGUCCGGUAUUCGAAUCGCUCGCCUAUCGUGAAUCCGUCGACGAGUCCGUGUUGUCGGGAUAUCUCGUGUUGACAGUGAAUGCAAGUGACGUCGACAGGCGGGAAAAUGGUCAGAUCGAAUAUACGAUCACUGAUGGUAACCAUGGUGACGCUUUUGCGGUGGACCUGACGGGGGGAAAGUUGACGGUCAACAACGCGAGCGUUAUCGACUACGAGACGCGGAAGACGUACGUCUUGACGGUGACAGCGCGAGAUCAAGCCGAUGAGUUCGGCAGCGCUAGCGGGUCCGCAUCCGGGAGUGGAAACGAAAACGGACCCGAGAGAGAGACAACGACGCAGGUCACGAUCGACAUCACCGACGCGAACGACAACAAACCGGUGUUCACGUUAGAGAGCUACACGGGCGAAGUGUUCGAGGACAGAGAGGCGGGUGUAAGCGUAGUACUCGUUUCGGCGUCGGACAAGGACUCGGGUGCUAACGCAAAGAUCGUUUACUCGAUUGUCGGGAGUACCGGCGACAGAAAUUUUACUAUCAACAAAGACACGGGCGUCAUUUUGACUAAUUCGUCGCUUGAUCGAGAAACCAAGUUCGAGGUGACUCUCGUGGUGAGGGCAUCUAACCCCGGUGUCCCGGAUAAUGUGGAUGAUGCACGUGUUACGAUUACGAUCUUGGACGUUAACGAUAACUUUCCUGUCUUCGAGAAGGACAGCUAUAGGGCGAAGGUGGCCGAGAACAGCAGCGUCGGCUUCGUCGUGUUGUCCGUGUCAGCCUUCGAUAUCGACGACGGCAUCAACAAAGACAUUCGUUACUCUUUUGUUUCAGGCAACGAUGACAAUACUUUCAACAUUAACGUGACGUCGGGCGAGAUCAGCGUCGCAAAACGACUCGACUUCGAAACGAAGAGCAUCUACUAUCUUUCCGUGCGAGCCUCGGAUCGCGGUAUUGAUAAAAAGGAGAGAACCGUUCCGGUUACAAUCGAUGUCGACGACGGCAACGACGAGGAACCAGUUUUUGCUCAGAACUCGUAUUCCGCUUCGAUUCCUGAGAACUCCGAGAGAGGUUUGGAGGUCGUCGUCGUGUCCGCUAAGGACGACGAUACGGGUGAAAGCGGAGAGGUGCGUUACAAGUUUGUGGGAUCGGGACACGACGCUUUCGCUAUAGACUCCAUAUAUGGCAACAUUACCGUCGAUAAUUCGUCGCUGCUCGACUAUGAGGACAAAGACGGAAACACGCUCUCUUUACGAGUCGAGGCGUAUGAUCUAGGAGAGAGACCGAGGUCUACUGAAGUACUGGUCACGGUGGCGUUAACCGACGUGAACGACAACCGGCCGAGGAUUACCAACACGGAACAGCCGGUGAGCAAGUUGGUUCGCGAGAACGUCAAAGUUCCGAGGGUUAUUGCGGCUAUAACGACGACGGACGAGGACGAGGGCGUCAAUAAAGACAUCACGUUCUCGUUCGCGAGUGGCAACGACGACAGGAAGUUUGAGAUCAGCUCGACGGGAGCGAUCAGUGUCGUUCAAAGUCUCGAUUACGAGUCGGACAGGUCGUACAGUCUCGUCGUCGUGGCGGCAGACGGAGGCUCACCGUCUCUAUCUGCGAGCGUCACCGUGGACAUAACGGUUGUGGAUCGCAAUGACAAUACACCUCAGUUUGAAAAUCUUCCCUACACGGCUACGGUGAUAGAAGAUGCCAAAGUAGGUGCUGUUGUAUUUUCGAGUGUUAGCGUUUCAGACAAAGACAGCAGAGCGUAUAAGGAUCUUCGCUACAAACUGGAUGAUUUUUCGAAGUCUCUCAACUUAUUUAAGGUCGAUAACAAAACAGGUGUGAUAACAUUGACGGGAAGUCUAGACAGAGAAAUGAAGGGCUCGUUUUCGAUUACUGUGCUGGUGUCCGAUAAUCCUGACGAUUAUGUUUCUUCAGCAGAGGAACUGUCCGGUUCCGGAAGUGCCCAUCAUUCUGACACCGUGAAGAACGAAGUCGGUGCGACAGUUGCUAUCACGGUAACCGACGUCAACGACAACCCUCCACAAUUUGUAGGAACCACUCAGGGAAGAUAUCCGAAGGUAUCUCUAUUAGAACACGGGGUGGAACACACGGCGCAGACGGUUCUUCGCUUUACUGCGACCGAUCGUGAUAUUGGUGACAAUGGCAGAGUGAAGUUUAACAUUACCGCUGGUGCUCACGGUCGUUUCGAGGUGGUCGUGCUUAGUCAGGCGGAAGGUACAAGCAGUGCUGUCAUUCAAACUGUACCGCCCGUUGACUUUGAGAGUAGACAGACGUAUAACCUCACUAUCGAGGUCUACGACGGAGGCGUUGUUCCCCUCACAGGUACGGCCACUUUGGCUAUCGAUGUCACAGACGUGAACGACAACCCGCCGGUGUUUGUGGAGUCGAAUUACACCGCAAGCGUGGAUGAAAACACCGCGGCCGGUGUGUUCGUGAUCACGGUCAGUGCCGAAGACAAAGACAAGGGAAACAACUCGGUCGUUCGUUACAGUCUUUUGGGUGACGACAAUCGGUUUCUCAUCGACGCCUUAACUGGAGAUAUCAGAACGACGUCGAUAGCGCUGGAUCGCGAGAAUAAAGCCGAGUAUCGACUGACGGCGACGGCGACGGACUCCGGAUCUCCGAAACUGCAAGGCAGUGUGGAGGUCGUCGUGACUAUACUGGAUCGCAACGACAACGAUCCUCAGUUUACACAAAAGAUUUAUGAGCAAACAUUGGACGAGACGCUAAGUGUGGGCUCGUCCGUGUACCAGACUAGCGCGACAGACGCGGAUAUUGGCAGCAAUGAGGUGUUGUCGUAUUAUCUGGAUGCCGACAAACGGUUUACGAUCAAUAAAACGACUGGUUUGAUUUUUGUAGCCAACACUGUCCCCAAGCCUCCAGCCAAGAGGCCACUUUGCCAACAUACUGAAGCUACUAAAAUCUACGAGCUUCUAUUGACGGUCAACGAUUCUGGAAUUCCGAGCCGUAGCUCGAAGGCGAAGGUGACGUUGACUAUAAGGGACGUGAAUAUGUUAACUCCUGUGUUUGAUCGUCCUUCCUACAUUUCGACGUUGGACGUGGAGGCAGCGGCUAACACCGAGGUCGUGCCCAAGCUGAUUGCCACUGAUGACGACAUUUGUGAUGGCCAGUUGGUUUACUCUCUGUUGUCUGGCGGAAAGACUGGGUUGUUUAACGUCAAUAAUCGUACCGGAAAGGUCACUCUGGAGCGGAAACUCAAUGCCGACGAACUGUCGUUUAUUUUGACGAUGGGAGCUACCGACACUCUGUCUGUAUCUCCUCGCACUGGAAUGGUGACUCUGGUCGUAUUGGUAGGUAAACUAUUGCCGGUCAAGUUUAGCGUUGCGUCGUCGACUUUCGAGGCGCUGCCGGUUCCCGCGCUUAUUAGGAUAACCGAGAACGAUUAUCAGCACGAUUUCUGGAUGUACUCUGGUGGAAAGCGAACACAAUCGACUUCGUUUAAGUAUUCUCUCGGUCCGUAUUCCGAUACGCGAUCGGUGACUCCUAAACAAGAGACUCCGUCGGACAUCCGAGCCAUCUUGAUUACGAAGGAGGUUUGGUAUGAUUCUUCGGAAGUAAAGGUUGCAUUGCAAGUGAGAGGGGUCGGGCACACAACUGCGCAGGUGGCCAAUGUUAGAGUUGAAGCAAGGGCGGUGGCGUCAUACAAAAGUGGCUUGAUAACUACUGGCCAAUGUACGACGGACAAUACCAGAGGUAGCACUUGUGUUGUGACCUUGAAAUUGCCUGAUGAGUGGUUUGAUCACGGUGUCGUCGGAUCGAACAAAACUGUGGAUAUCAGCUAUCGUAUUGCUACCGGCUCUAGUUCGUUUACAUCCUUGGGCAGCGUCAGUGUCCAUCAGAGUCGCAAAGGCUGCAACUCGUUCAAAGCAGGAGUCUUGAUCAUACCUCCGUGGCACGUGGUGUAUCCUAACAAACAAUUCCAAGUAAAACUUGAAGGAUUCGCAAACUAUGCGAUCUCGACUUUCCAAGUGAAGGUGACGUUUGACAAACGGUUUGCGUACAUCGGUGUUGUGAAACAGGAGGCGUGGACAAUCACCACCGUGUUGAAAGACCAGGAACUGAUUGUCAAUGGAAUAUUACAAGAGACCAAGUCUGUUUCCGGGAUUGUUUCAAGUUACGAGUCACUCGUGACUUUGACGUUUUCCGCUGAGAAGACAGUGCCUAGUAGUGGAACCUUGCUGAUUAACUGCUCGGUGUUGUAUCUUACCAACGUGAGGAAGGAGCGCAUCUCACCCGCAACCGCUCAAUUUAGCAACCGUUUGGACAAUGGAGAGUGCAAUGCAGCUCAGGGAAAGAUACACGUUUCGCAAGAUGUUCUUGUUGGUUUGUUUCCUCACGCGAUAAACACUAAUCUGCUAAACACAGCGUAUUUGAAUGAAGAAAAGAUUGAAACAUCAUUAGCAGUGAUUGGAGUUUACUCCACUGGAGCAACAACAGCGGCUGAAAACGGCGUUUCUUGUAGAAGUCAAGAUUCUGAAGUUGUUAAGGUAGAGACUGACUGCGCAAAGGCUUUUCUUGAUGGUUCUGAAUCCAAGGGAAAGGAUGUGGCAAUCAUUGACGCUACUAAAGGAGACGUCAAGGGUACCGCACUGUUUCGAGUUUGGAUACCAUCGCAGGUUACCAUUCGAUUUGAAGAUAACACUCUUAGUCCGGUUACUGGCUGGAAGGAUCCGAAAACAUGUACUCAAGCGUAUCAGCAAACAACUGUUACUGUUGAGGCCAGUUUUGAGCACUCGAGUGGUAGUCUGCAGCAAACAGUUAUUACAAAUGUUGUGAAGGAUAAGCUCAUAUCGAGCGACACCAGCGUCUUGGAGUUAAUCGUCUCACCUCUUCAGGUAACGGCAAAAGCAAAAACAACCGGCUUUAGUAACGUGUCUGUAUCUGCUAAUGGCAGAAACCUGGGCCUUGUGAAGGUAACGACGGGAUCAGAUUUCGUUGACUUGGAAGACAUCAGGUUGGAGGUCGUCACCGGUAUUGAGUUUAAUGGAACCCUCACUGAUCCUGUUAGCGGUGCUAGUCAAAGGCAGACUACCAAAGCUUCCAUCAAGAGAGAAUUGGGUUAUGUCGGAGAUAAGGCGGCAGUCUUGGCCAGCGCUGUCUUCAAGGAUGGAUCUCAGAUGUCUAUCUUCAAGGCAGACGGAUUAUCCCUGAUCUCAUCAGACACUUCGAUUUUGGAAGUCGACGGUGUGAAAAACGAAACAGUGAUCGUCCGUGGUAGUGGGAAAGGACCGAUUUUGACAGCUCAAUGGAUUGAUCAGUGCGACAGAACUGAGAUUGUGGAAGGAUCUUACUUUGUCGACAUCACACUGAGGAAACCAGACAAAGCUACCGUCAGUCUGGGCUCAAACACGUUGGUUGUCAAAGAUGAUCCAUCUACGCAACUUAAAUACGUUGACAAGACGAGCAUUUCUAUUAAACUAGUCUAUGAAGGUGGCGAGCGAGAAAUCGACGUUACAACCGACUCUAGGACUAUAGUGACCGUCAGCAGAUUGGAUCUCAUUACUGUAACCGGUGGUGACGUGGUAGCAAAUUCGAAUGGCACAAUCGGUAACGCCACCAUAACAGUGACGUUUGCUCACGAGGCCGUAACGGUGUCGACGACUGUAACAGUUAUCAAGUCUGCCCGCAUAACAGCUCAACUCAGAACAUAUACGGGUGGGAGUGUUGGAACCAAGUCUGUUACUAGUUUCAGAAGGUACGCUGGGACUACCAGUCCGAUCUACCAGGACGUACAGCUUUAUACGACAUUAGAUUUGUCGUCUGGUGUGAAGGAAGAUAUUUCUGAGAAUGUCCAAACAACGUAUUCUAUCCUUUCCGGUGUAUUGAAUUCUACGUCUGCAAAGAAUGUGUUUAGAACGACGACGUCAGGAUCAUCUACGGUCAACGUUACUUUUGAGACUUUAGACACAAGUGUGACGGUUAAUGUCGUAGAGACACCUUUGUUGAACGCGACUAAACUUGUUACGACUGGCGACGGUGGUCUUCGUCUCAGUGGUUCUCAACCUACCUUCAGUGCAGCAAAAGGCGAAACGUCUCAACUAUCAGUCACAGCAACGUUUGAUGACGGAACCGUUCAUCCUAACAUCUUUGAUGCUGGCAAGGCCGUAUUUCCCGGUUUCAUAUCUUUUGUUACUCCAUCUCAGAUAAACAGCACCGCUAACGGAGAGCUGACGUUGUUGGACAACUCGUAUUCCAAUGUCGAGGUUAGGAUAAAUGCAAGCUUAGGCGUGACAGAGACAAUAACCUUUGCUGCUAACUUGUUGCCUGCUCUUGGAGACGUUGACCUUGGAGAGAAAGAAGGGCCUCCGUUGGCAUCAGCGUCCGUUGCAGACACGGUGCGGAUACCUGUGCAUCUGAACAUUAAGGGCAAAGUACUUGGAGCCGUCGAUAUUACUGUCAAUUACCCUAGCAAUCUUGUAGAAGCGUUGUCUGUAACUAAGGGUAAGGACUGGCCUGGUGGUAUAUUCAUUUCUACUAUCAAUUCUUUGAGUGGCGCGGUGAAGUUCGGUGGAUCAGCGAGCGCGGCGAGUUCUGGUACUGAUUUCUGGCAAGUUGCUGUCAUUGACUUUAAGGUGAAAGCUGUAGGUCGAGCGAAGCUGACAGGACGCGUUGAAACGCUGUCUGAACUUGACGACACGGUGAAGACUAUUGGGAGUUCUGUACCAAAAGACUUCGUUGCUGGUAUUGUAGAGAUGGAUAUUAUUAGUGGCUCUAGAAAGCGUCGAAGUGCAUCCGACAGCGAUUCCCUAAAUGUUGUGCGCGAGCGCACGCGAAGAGCAACUGGAACGAAUGCUGUCCGUUGCUCUACGUCACCUUGCAAUUGCAGCGACGGACGUCAAACGGGAGAUGCUAACGGUGAUUGUAUUUUCGACAUCAACGACGUCACUUAUACAUCAAUUUACAUAGCAGAGGCCGCUCUCAACUUCCAAACGUCUCGAGGUCAGAAACUCAAGUCUCUUCAAAAGGAACAACUGGAUGGGAUGGAUGCAGACUUGAAUGGAGAUAUCGACUUGGAAGAUGCUUUGUAUUUGGCUAAAGUUAACUUCGGACUAUUGAGAUUUGUGACUGAUUUGACUAUCGUUCGAGUUGAUGAUGCUGGUUCAAACUGCAGCAUUACAUUAUCUGCUAAACUACUGGACAAGGGUGAUGUCGUACCGGUUGAGAAGGAGACUUUUCUUUUUAUAGACAUUGCUCACAACAGCUCAGUCUUUCAACAGCAAUUCAGUGAUACAGCUCUAUCAAUCGGCAGCAUUGUGUCUAGCACGGGCUCUCGUACUAAUCUCUAUGGCGGUUGGUGGCAAGCAUCUCAUGUCGGAGAUGGCGUCUACCGAGUAAAAUCGAAGCCGGGACCAAUUGCAAUCACUAACAUUGGCUUGAGUAUUGUCGUCGCUACGGUUGAUGGAUCUGGUAUGUAUUCUACCGACCGAUCGACGCAGUUGUUUGGUUCCCUGGUUGGGCCUUUUGAGUUUUCUAGUCUGGACAAUACUCUCCCUCUUAUCGGAACUUCCUCGCAGAAAGUCAGGGUAAUAGCAGGUCAAGGCUACAACCCUUUGAAGUCGUUCGACAGCACUAUUCCAUCUACGACGUGUUUCAAUUAUCAUUUCCCCGUUUUUGACAAACCGAAGUAUGCGGAUGAUUUUGCGGAGUCCGCAGGGAUUGGCUCUCAGCUUUUGAAAGUUUUCGCAACAGAUGCGGACAACGGCCUUAGUGGGAAAGUUCGUUACUUUAUUGAGAAGGACACAAUAUACAACCCUGGAACGUUCUCCAUUAAUGAAACCACGGGUCUCAUAACCUUAGAGAAAAGUCUGGAUUACGAAUUGACGGUGAGAUAUAGUCUGGUGGUUGCCGCUGCCGACAGCGGUCCUCACGUUCCGUCGCGUCGGACGACGACUUCGACGGUAGUCGUCGACGUCUCCGAAGUGAACGAUAACACUCCGGCUUUUACCACAGCGGGUGGUUACAACGUGACGGUCAGCGAAGAAUUCGCUGUCAACGGUACUCUCGUGACGGUGGUGGCGAAGGACGGCGAUCGUCCACGUUUGGCCGGAGACAUCAAGAUCAACAAUAACAAUCUCGUAUCGUAUAGAAUUGUUUCAGGCAAUGUGCAGGACACUUUCAGCGGCGUCGACCAAUUCCGACUUGGCUCAACUAACGGCAAGCUGUUACUCAAUCGUAAACUGAAUCGCGAGGUGCAGGAUUUUUUCGAUUUGGUUGUGGAAGCGAAGGACAAAGGCACCAAUCCGGGCUCUCUCUCGAGUACCGUGCACGUGUGGAUAGAAGUAACGGACACAAACGACAACCCACCCAUCUUCAGCCAGAAGGACUACUACGUGGAUCUCUCUGAGAAUGCAAAGGUUGGUGAUGUGUUCUCGACCGUGACGGUAACUGAUACGGAUGUCGGAUUAAACGGAGAUUUCAAUAUCACCAUCUAUGAUCAAGAAGACAGCAAAGGGAGGAUUAAUGGCUAUUUUGCAGUAAACGGUAAACCAGGAAAGAUUAGUCUUCUGAAGCCGCUCGACAGGGAAACAGAGACCGAAUACACAAUCUACCUUCUAGCGUACGACUUUGGACAUGGUCUGGAAGAGGACAAAAUUCCUGACGAUGCGAAGGGUUUCAGCCAACUGCACGUAACAGUAUGCGACGAGAACGAUCACACUCCGUAUUUUUACGGCAACUUGUACUCGGUAUCCGUUCGCGAAAACGAGACAAUCGGAUUGAAGAUAUUUCACUUCAACGCAUCGGACGACGACGCCGGCUCGUCGUGCGCCAGCCGUCAAGGCGACCUAAACAAAGAACUGCGCUACUCGAUCACUGCUGGAAACACCGGAGAUUCCUUCGCUGUAGGAAACGUCACCGGUGAUAUCACCAUAAGAUCGACCUUGGACAGAGAGAACACAUCCGCUUACAACCUGACAGUGACCGCCAAAGACUUAGGAACUCCUUCGCGGUCUACGUCGACGACCGUCAAAGUGGCAAUUUUAGACUACAACGACAAUGCGCCGACAUUUACUCUGGACACGACGACGUACAACUUUUCUGAGAACGCUCAGUCUGUUCUAGGUAACGGUACAGCAAAUGCAGCGUGCGUGGUGACUCUCACAAGCUCCGACCCCGACUUGGGCCGGAACGGUAACGUAACCUACGAGUUGACCAGCGGGUCCCCCAGCAAGGAGGACUUCAUUGUUUAUAGUAAUUCCGGAAAACUUUGUGUAUAUCGGCCGUUAAACAGGGAACGAGUCCGAAGUUACGUUCUCACAGUUACCGUUCGGGAUCGCGGUACUCCGAGUCUGUCCUCUUCCAUUCAGCUGACUUUGAAUCUCGACGACAGGAACGACAACUACCCGAGUUUCUUUUCGACCUCCUACUCUGCGGCGAUCGACGAGUACACGGCAAAAGGCACGUUUGUUGUCGACGUGAACGCGACCGAUCCGGACGAGGGAUCGAACGGACUCGUUCGGUACAAAUUCGAUUCCGCCCGUCGCACUGACGGCAACCGAUUUAAAAUUGAUCCAGUGACGGGCGAGAUAACAGUCAGCGCCGACACUUUAUGUCUAAACGACGACAUCACAUACACGUUGUACGUCAUCGCGUCGGAUAGCGCAACGCCAGCGCUCUCCACGGAUGCCAAGGUUUCCAUCACCGUGCGAGACGUCAACAUUAACGCUCCAGUUUUUCCCACCGAGUACGCACCGACAGUCGUUGACAAUGCGCCCAGGGGCACGAGCGUCGUGAAAGUCGCUGCAAUAGAUCGAGACUCAUGUCAUGAUGCUUUUGAAUACGCGAUCCUGUCUGGGAACACUUUGAACGCGUUUGCAAUUGAUUCCGGAAGUGGACUGUUGACGGUGGUCGGAGUGUUGAACAAAGAAGUGACGGCGGCGUAUAACUUGAAUGUCUCCGCUACAGACAAGGGCUCAGUGAACCGGUUGGUGGGUUAUGUGAGAGUCGUCGUUGUCGUCGGCGAAUAUAUUCCGACGUUGUUCAAAACGGCCGGAGCUGGAUUUUUGGAGGGAUUCGUCUCGCAUACUGUAACAGGCCCUCCUCACGAAUACAGUCAAAACAUCAGUCUUUUUAACAAUCUCGCAGUUGGCGUUAAGGCAAACAUUGAAGCAUCAGUGGGCGGUAAGAAGGCAAGUUACGAGUAUACAACGGCAUUGCAGGUGGCAAAUGCCAUCAGUGGAGUUUUGGUGAGCGAUGACGCUUGGGAGGACAGCAGAGAUGUUUCUGUUGGCCUUCAGGUCAGGUCAAGGUUUCAUGGUUCAGGCGGAGUUGCGCAACAAACGGUGUACGUGAAGGUCGUUCCGGAUGCGGUCUUGAUAUCUGCUGGAGUGGUUGAGGUGGUUGGGAGCUGCUUGACGGGUGCCGCAGACGGCGCAUGUCUAGCUACUGCUACACUUCCGAAAUCUUGGUUCAAAAACAUCACACAAUCAGCGAGUGCCAAAGUCCUUAUUAGCCUGGAUAAUUCAACAUUCAGUGGUUCUGCUGGUGAUGUUAUCAUUCAUCCUGUGCAGAAGCUACCGCCAGCAGAUGGCAACGUGGUAAUCGUUUUGCCAUCCCGCUCCCUUUUCCCUGGCCAGGUAUUUGAUGUGAAUGUGUAUGCUAACGCACGUUACACAGUCAACACGUUCCAGAUUUCUUGUUCCUCUGACAACAACGUUGAGAUUCUUGCAACCACACAGUUUGCUAUCAAUAAAUGGGCUGUCUCGACGUUUCUCCUCGGGAAGAGUAAAGGGUCUUGGAUCGGUCACUCAAGGAGUAGUCAAGAUGGUCUGUUGGUAUCCAAUUAUCAGGAUUUAAUAACGAUCAAAGCUAAAGUUAGCACGACUACAACUGUGCGUACGGGGAAUUUCCAGUGCAAGAAUGGCUCAGGAAAUGGCAAUUCGAGUUUAGUCGGGGUUCUCUACUUUCAACAGGACAGUAUUCGAGGUCUUUUCCCUUACAGUGACUAUUCGGAGCUCAUCAACUUGGCUGUUCUUACUGGGGAAACGUUCAGUUUCAAACUCACCUUGUCUUCUCUUAACACACAAGGACGAUUUGUAGUGCCGACGUCUGCAGUUACUUGCUCAUCUAAUGACCGUGAUAUCCUCAAAGUUGAAAGGGACUGUUCUGCUGUUUACUUUGACGGAACAGAGACGGAUGGCGGUUCAGCUGAUGUUACUGUGGUAUCUGGUGUGUUGACUGGUGUGCUGUCAUUUAACGUAAAGUAUCCAAAGAAUGUGAGGAUUAGUGUCUCUGAUACGGAAUUGAGCAUUGUAAAUAACUGGCUGGUUCCACCAAAUUGUGAUCAUCCUUGGCAGGAGGCGACGGUUGAUGUCUUUGCGACGUUUACGGAUCAAGUCGUUACAAGUACUGAAGUACAGAUUACUGAUAUAGUUGCUAGCUUCCUUUCGUCUUCACAAAGCAAUGUGGCGGUCGUUUCCAACGGGAUAGUGAAACCAGUUCAGGUUGGUACUACGACUGUAGACCUGGUCUUACGGAAUGGAGCCACAAUUAAGUCAUCUGAUGUAUUAGUUGUUGAAGAUUCUGUAGAUGUGGUCGCCAUGAAUGUAUAUGCAGUCAAGAGUGUUGAAAUUAAGUCAGUUGUGGCUGGAACAGGUCUCCCUCUUAAUAACAAGUUUCCUGUUGAUGUUGUGGCAAGAGCAACGGCUUCUGUUAGUCAAACAUUGAGUUACUAUGAUGAGGUGGCGGAGGUGGUUGCAGCUGCCGUCACAAAUGAUGGGCGACGACUGGAACUCUCGUCAGCUGUGGGAGCAAUCUUGGAGGCAACAAACACAAGUGUGAUUAGCGUCAAGUCAGGUCUGGAAUUUGAAACAGCAGGAGCUGACUCCACAGGCAAUUUACUGAAAGUGACGUGGAAAACUUCAUGUUCGCCUACUGUGAUAGCAACAGGCUUGGGCUUUAUCAAUGUUAAACUGGACUUGCGCCCUGAUGUUAUCAUAGAGCUCGACAAUGACGUUAUUACACCUUUGUCUGAUGCAUCAGUUGCCAACGGUCUCUCUUUCCCGACUUCUGCAAUCUUGAAAGUCAUAUUGUCUUACAAAGACGGAAACGGAAAAGAGUUGCGUCGAUCUGAUGUGACAGUCGAUCCUCGUACGAACUAUGAUUUGUCUCAAGUCAAAUCUCUCUUUUCUGUUAGGAAAGUCGGUAGUGUCUAUCAGAUCACUCCCAAUGUCAGUGCCGGGCGAGCAGACAUUGUGGUCAGCUUUUCGCAUUUGAAGUCGACAGCAACCAGGACUGUAACUGUUGUGAGGUCGUCUGACAUUACAGUCGUUGCUCAUCCUUAUCCGCCUUAUGAAGGAUCAAACUCUGUGAACAUCAGCGUUCUCAAUAAAUAUGGCAAAACUGUAUAUCACAGGGAAGCAGAAUUGGCUGUUAACCUACAGCUAAGUGAUGGUAAUGGGGCUAUUGUGAAAGAGUUUGAUAUUUCAAGGAACAUCAAGACGACAUUCAUUGUCUCUGAUCCUCAGACUUCUUUCAAACGCGUAACAGAUGUAAUCUUGAUUGGUGGCAAUGGCAAGGAUCACAAUCACGUUCAGCGUGCAGUGCCAAGCUAUAAAGAAGAUUUAUUAGUGUACGUCGAUGCUGAGUUUGGUGGCGUCCAAAGUAGCCAACCCUGGAACAUGAGUGUAUCUGAUGAACCAUUGUACUCGGUAUCUAUUGAUGCCAUAGACUUGUCUUCGGGUGGAAACGUCGUGGCAGGAGUUGCCGGGACCAAAUCUGAUCAAAUCAAGGUGUGGGUUACAUUCAACGAUAACACGAAAGUGCAACUGUUUGACAACAGCGGUAAGGCGUUAGUACCUGGUUUUGUCUUCUUUGGCAACAAUCGUGGGUCAAGUCUUAGGAUUGAUAAUGACGGCGGUCUUACACCACUGAGUAACGCUGAGGAAGAGUUUGAUAUUUCUGUGUCAUUGCACCAAACGGCUAUUUCAGGUGACUUCGAGACUUUUUCAGUUAAUCUACUUCCUGAUACUGGAGAUGUAGACUUGGGCAAGAGUGACGGUGUGGCCAUACCUCCUGUCACAACCGGAGAAGAGUUUACUGUCCCUGUCCGAAUUAAUACAGGAAACAGUUCUCUGGGAGCGUUUGACAUAUCUGUAUUCUACAACAGCACAUACCUCAAACCAAUAAAAGUUGAACUAACUAAAGGCUGGCCUGGUGGUGUUAUCAGAUGGCGACAUGAUCAAUCUCUAAACACUAUUCGUUUCUAUGGUGUGUCAGGCACAGAUGCGCCGUCUUCGCCUGGAUUGGACGUUUUUGACAUCACGUUUAUUGCGUUGGCAGCUGGUGUAACACGUCUUGGUGGAAAUGUGAACACUCUGGUGGGAAGAGAAUAUAACCAACCAAGCAUAGGGAACGGUGGGGUAUUCGUAGCUGGUGAUGUUCCCAUCAAGAUCACACAACACCCGCGUCAAAUUCCAUCAGGUAACCUCUCACCGUCUCCUUUGCAGUCAGGCAACCGUCCUAUUUCUCGAUGUACCGAUCCAUUACCAUGUCCUUGCUUGUCUGGCUCAGAAACUGGUGAUUCUAACGGCGAUUGUGUGUUUGACAUUCUAGACGUCCUCCGUACUGCCCAGCACGUGUCUUCUGGGCUUAGUGGAUUUCCGGGAACAUCCGGAGCUCGUUUAUUAAACUAUUAUCCAUACCUCAAACGAGAAAUGGAUGCAAAUGAGGACGGAGUUAUUGACUGGGAUGACGUCAAUUAUCUGACCGCAGUUUUGAAUGGAGAUCUUUAUUUUAUCCGAGAUGUGCAUCUCAUUUCAGUGCAGGACAACUCACCAGUGUGUCGACUGGAGAUCAAUGUGACUGUUUUUGCUGCUGGUAAUAUCCCUGUUGACGACGCUCACACAUCAGUAUUUGUGGGUAUAGUGUCUCACGGUAAGGAUAUCGUGAAUCAAUGGCAGCGUUCUCAAUUAGAUCUUGGUCGUGAGCUUAAGCCAUCACUGCAUCAUGGUGGUAUAGAUGAGACACAGUUGUUGAGACCAGGGUUGUUUGCAAUUCAGUCUGUCUCUGAGGUAAAGCAAGACAGCACUGGUGUGUUUGUGGUUUUGGCUACAAGGGACGCUAACGGAAAAGGCGGACCUGAUCGAACUUAUGUCUUGUUUGGAAGGGCUUCAGACAUUGCAGAGUACCCGGACCCUGUGGAUGUAACGGUGGAUAGCUCUACAGGCCUGUCUGUGAGAAUAGUCGCCAGUAGCGGUUUCAACCCAUUGCUUUCGUUUGCUCAAAAUCUGACCACUGUUGAGUGUACAAAUGAUCAUCCUCCCUCAUUCUAUCCAGACACUUUGACUCUUGAAGUGUCGGAGGCUGAGGCGCCUGGAAGUGUAAUUGUGCAACUUUAUGCGAACGACAGUGACACAGGAAUUAAUGCCAAUCUCAUUUACUCUUUAGAAACUCUUGCUCCACAUUCUGGGCCUUUUGCAAUUAACAGCAGCACGGGAGUAAUAACACUGACGGCACCUUUGGACAGAGAGGCGACUGAGUUGUACAUCUUGAAAGCAUCUGCUAUAGACGGAGGCGUUUUCUAUAGCUUGGCUGGACAUGCUGACAUUACAGUUACAGUCACUGAUAUCAAUGACAAUGACCCCGUGUUUUCUAAGUCAGAGUACAGACCCCAAGCUGUUGUGGAGAGCCAACCGAUAGGUGAUGUGGUUGCAGUGGUAUCAGCAACAGAUGGGGACAGUGGAAGAAAUGCAGAGAUCACGUACAGUUUGGAGAGGCCAACGGAAUUCUUCGCCAUUAACUCCUCUACUGGAGAAAUUUCUAUCACUCGAAGCCUCGAUUAUGAAAAUACUACCAGUUAUUUUGUUUACGUGAUUGCCACUGAUGGUGGUGUCUUAUCUCGGAAUGACUCUGCUGUUGUGUUCAUAACUGUUUUGCCAUUCAAUGAUCACACCCCAAUAUGCCUUCCAUCACUAAUAGUUCAGCAAAUUGCGGAGGAGGAAGCUAAUGGAUCUGUGGUUGCUACUGUGACCGCAACAGAUGAUGACAUCGGUCUUGAUCAUGACAAUAUUCGAUUCACUAUUGUACCUGGCUAUGAUGGGCAAGGAAAAUUUGAUUUGACACAAACAAGUAACACAACAGCAGACGUGUUUGUCAAAAAUGGGCAAUUUAGUAGAGAUAUUGGUCUUUCAUAUAAUCUCUUGAUUCAAGCAAUUGACAGUGGAGGUCUGGCAUGCAAUGUUUCUGUCACACUUAACGUUUUAGAGCCAUCAACCUUCGACUUUUCUAUCAAGAAUGUGGGAUUUCUUACUGGCUCUGUUGGUGUUCAAGGAGUUACGACAUUUGUUCAGGACUUUGGUUUAUUAUCAGAUCAAGUUCCUGGAAGUAGGGGCUCGAUUGUUGCAACUUUAGGUUCACAAGAAGAAACUGCAACGUUUACAACAUUACUCAACUUCCCCUCUCAUUUACAGAAGGUGAUAUUGACCGAUGAACUGUGGCCGGGUGAUGACGUUGGUGCAACGUUUGCUGUAGCUGUUCGUCUCUUUGACUCUUCAUAUAGUACCAAGAUAGAUGAAACAUCUCUUCGUCUUCGAGUCAUCUCACCGGUGAGUGGCGAUUUUGUAGAUGGAAGAUUAUGCAUUGCAACUGCUUCCUCUAAUGGACUGUGUCAAGACACUUUUGGUCAUGGUCCUCUACAAGUUCGAAUUCCUGACAGUUGGUUUGAUCUAUAUGACAAUGCCAGUAUUCAGAUUCUUCCAGCAUUUUCAACCAAUUCGAUCAUUGGACAAGUACGACUCAAUCGUCGUCUCAACUGGCAAGAUAAUAUGAGUGCAGACAAUCUAGCUCUUGAAGUACCUUCUCGACCAUUGUUUAUAGGUGAGACUUUUGAAGUUAAGGUGUAUGGCUUCACACCAUACAAAGUUAAGACCACAGAUUUCAAGAUACAGGUUGACUCUGGGAAUUUGAAAAUUAGCAAUAUUUUAGCUGUUGAUCUCAGCUGCACGCAAACUGCUAAAACCAAUGAGAUCAGCGUCUCUUGCAGCUUACCUGCUGCAGUGACUCCUCCUACUACACAGCGGACUACACCAGAAUAUCUCCUCUCUGUUAGAGUGACAGUAAAUGGUGGAAAUGAUGAAACAGUGACUGUCACUGGAACUGGUUUGAGUCUGUCCGAUACUACUAAGGAUACCAUCUUUACGGAUGUCAACAAAGCGUUUGAACACGUUGAUCGUUAUGGACAUCAUAAGGGAUCUCCAGCAUUUGCUAGAGUCAAAAUUGGACCCAAUCCAGCACCACUUGUGGGUAUUCUACCUUAUACAGAAAGAUCAGAGUUGGUCAAUACUCCAGCUAUCAACUCAAUCAAAGUAGAAAGUCCCAUUACUGUGAGUGGGGUUUAUAGAGACUACUUGUUGACAGGCCAUGUGACAGGAAUUCAAGGCAUUAAAGACUUGAAGUCUAGUCUGAUAUGCAGUGUCAUCAAUAACAAUAUUGUCAACGUUGAGUCAGAUUGUUCGUCAGCAUAUCUCGAUGGCAAUCAGGCAAAUGCAGGCGAAACUCAAGUGAGAGUGUCGUACGCUCCAUUGAACCUUACUCAGCCUCUCAGUUAUCGAGUGUGGGCCCCUCGUCUACCUCUGACUUUGUCAGUGUCUGAUGCAACACUUUCUCCUGUCACAUUGUGGCUAAAACCUCCAUUAUGUAACUCUACUCGAUUCCAACAAGCUCGUAUUAACGUUGAGGCAGCCUUUACAGAUGGUUUAGGUCAGUCUAUUUCAGUUCAUGUCAAAGACAAAAUCGGAGACAGUCAGUUUGUCAGCAGCAACCCAGCUGUUGCUGUUAUCAACAAGGGUUUUGUGGAAGGUGUCAGUCCAGGUGAUGUGAGUAUUUCUGUUCAACGCGGAAACUCCGUUUUAGGCACAGUUUCUCUAACUGUUGAUGCUACUCCUGUUCAAGUGUCAGGCUUGAAUGCUUUUGUCUUUGCUAGUUUGAGUCUGAUCAUUCAACCCUCAACUACCAUUUCAUCUUCAGCUCAGCCAUCUGCUUUAGUCACUAUUGAUCAGCAAUUUUACCAAGAAAACCAGGCUGUACAUGUGGCAGCCCAUGCUGUGUUUUCUGAUGGAGCUCAACUGGAAAUCAAGGCAGCUGAUGGCCUGUAUGUAAACUCUACAAACGUUGAUGUGGUACAGCCAAUAGGCCAGGAUCAAUUGAGAUCCUAUAGCAAUGGUGAGGGUUAUCUGGUACCAACUUACUGGUGGCCGACAGAAUGUAGAAAUGUUGGUCAACAUCAGCAAGUUCUAAGCAGCACUGUGGGGUAUGUUAAAGUCGAUAUUCCUCCACCUACCGACGUCAUUGUUACUGUUGGUUCUGGUCGGGUGUUUGAGGCAAAUAGUGAUCUUGGUAAUUUGCCUUUUACCAUAUCAGGGCUUUCGUCAUACAUUGAUGUGACGGUACAGCUAAAAUUUACGACAUAUUCUCAGAACUUGACAACUGAUUCAAGAACAAUCUAUAACUUGUCUCUCUCGAAUGAUUUGUUCUUUCUUGAUUCUAGUAAUGGCCGCCGUCGAUUGACUGCUAAUUCUAACGGUAAAACCGGAAACGGAUUUUUGGUAGUUCAGUUCAAACAUGUGGCUAUCACAAAGAAAGUUCGACUGACAGUGGUGGAUAUUGAUGAUUUGAUAAUUCGUGUUCGUCCAUAUCCUACAUUUCCUGGAUUUUCAGGAUCUCCCAGUUCGUCUAUUAUUGAUGAAGUUAGCCUAGACUAUAUUGCAGGCACUGGCAUUCGACAGAAAGCUCAACUGUUUACUCAUGCAGCUCUAACGGACAGAGAAACCUUUAUUGAUAUUUCUCAGUCUGCAACUUAUAGUAUCAGUGAUAGCAGCACAGGAGUAACAACUACAGUCGUCACACUUAACCAGAACAAUCUUGUUUUGACUCCUUCGCUCAAGCUUCAAGAUGCAAGAGAUGUUAACGUGAAUGUAGCAUUUUACUCACACAAUUCAAGUAAGACAGUUGUGGUGACUGUCAGCAAUAAGACUGUCACAGUAGAUCGGGUUGAUACUCUACAGUUUGAGAAUAGCGUCUACAACAGUGGCACACUUUUUGGUGAAGUAGGAACAUCUACUCAACUAGAUGUUGAUGUUACUUUGUCUGAUCAAACUCGAUUAUUGUCAGUAUUUCAUGCAGGCACGUACGCAGGGCUCGUGACUAUUGGGAGUGAUUAUCCAGCAGCUAUAAAUGUGUCGAGGAACGGUUUAGCCACUCUGCAAGGCAACCAUUACAAGCACGUUAUAUUGACAGCAUCUGCAGUAUAUGGCAACUCAAGUGCUAUACCCAUUACACGCAGUGUUGCAGCUAAUUUGGAUCCUGCAAAGGGAGAUAUGGAUGUCGGGAAGAAAAGGGGAAUUCCCGUGUCAGCUGUUAGUUCUGUGGGCUCUUCGUUUAGUGUUGAUGUUUGGGUGAAUACUGGAGCGAUAAAACUUGGUGCUCUUGAACUUGCUAUUUAUAUUGAUGACUCGGUACUUCAGGCCACCAAAGUUGACAAUUUCCGGGAUGGUGCGUUUGUUGCUCGAAUAAAUGAUCCACCAUCAAAAGUUUCAUUUGGUGGAAGUGCUACUGCAACUGGUGGAAGUACAGUGAAUAUAAUCCGAGUAGCCACAGUUGAGUUUAGGGUGCUCAAAGCUGCAGUAACGUAUCUUCGAGGUAAAGUAGUAACUAUUGGAGAGCAAGGUACAACUAACAAUGUAGCCAGCGUGGACUUGUCUGUUGCUGGUGAUGUUAAAGUGGCUGUAGGUGGAGCAACAAGGAGGCGGCGUGACAGUGUUUGGUCAGAUAUUAUUUCCACUUCUCAUCAUCGGCAAGAACGAGCAGUCUGUAGUAGAGGAGAUGCUAAUGCAGAUGGAGUGUUUGACACAUUUGAUAUUGAUCAAGCUCUCAUUUAUGUUUCAAGACGAAACAGUGAUCCUAAUCUGGUAAGUGGUUACACUGAUGAUCAAGAGCGUGAGCUUGAUGCCAACUUGGAUGGAUUUAUAGACUCGAAUGACGCAUACUUUUUGACUCAGGCGUACUUUGGUCUUAUUAGGUUUCUUACAAAUAUAACUGUGGUACCUGUAAGUGCAACCAAUGACAACUGUACGUUGACAAUAAUUGUGACGAUGGAAGGAAGAGGAUGUGUUCCUGCUAGUGAUGCUCAAACAUUGCCUUUUAUCCUUGUAUCACACCACGAUCAAAAGAUGUCGGCAGAAUGGUCGCAAUCUCAACUUCAAGUGGGUUACAAGUCUGUGCAAAUUCCUGCUUCAACUCUUCAGGUACCCAACAUUCCGUAUGGUGGAUUCUGGGAAUUACAACCGGAAGGUGGAACUGGAAGGUUUCGUGCUGAAGUGAAAACGCCCAUUUCUUCAAAAGGUAUUGGUCUGAACUUAGUUCAAUAUACUGUCAAUCAAUUGAAGGAAACGGACGUGUCAAGAUUAAAGGCUAUGGUGGCGGAUGUGAGUAGGACUCCUUUUGACUAUAGUGCAGUGCAAGGAGUCACUCUAACUUCAACUCGACUGCAAGGUGUUGCAGCAGUGAAUGUUCCUGUUGGAGCAACGGGAUACAAUCCACUGUUGACUUUUGAUAACACUCUUAGAUCUGAUUUUUGUGAGUUUGCAAAUGUGCGUUACAAUCGUUCUGUUUACUCCAUUUAUGUCUUAGAGGACACACCAAUUGGUACUGUUGUAACAAACUUGUCAAAAUUCAUUGAAAAUCCAUCAUUUCCUCCUGGUCUGGAGACUUACAAAAUUGUUGCAGGGAACACAAACGGAGACUUUGAUAUACCAGAUUUGGCAUCAGGAGAGGUUGUAAUCAACAACACACUGAAUCGGGAAAGCACUCAGAUAUACUCUUUGGUGAUUCUUGUUGAGUUUGGACAAGUUUUCAGCACUAAUGCCACCAUAAGAAUUGAUGUUGUUGAUGUGAAUGACAACUAUCCAGUCUUUGACCAACUUCGUUAUGAAGUCAGUUUACGUGAAGAUAAGCAGAAUGGAUCGGAGGUUGUAGUUGUGUUUGCCAGCGAUGCGGACACUAGCUCUUAUGCUGACAUAGUCUACAGCAUUACAGCAGGUGAUCCCAAUAAUCAGUUUUCUAUCAAUGACCCAAGCAGUGGUGUAGUUACAUUGGCUAAGAGAGUUGAUCGAGAAACAGUUCCUUCAUAUGUUCUUAAUGUUACUGCAGCUGAUCAGAAAGGAGCUGGACUUUCUACAGAUGUUAAAGUUUAUGUCACUUUGGUUGAUGUUAAUGAUAACGAUCCACGUUUUACUCAGUCGCAAUACUCAGUGCAGAUCCCAGAGGAUGCACCACCGGGAACACAGGUGCCAGCUGGUGAACUGGUAAUAACAGAUCGAGACAUAGGGGUAAAUGGAAUUAUUGGAAACUUUACUCUAGUUGGGGGAUAUGGGAAGUUUCGUGUUGACAAGAGCGAGAAUUCCAAUGUAACUGGUGUACUCGUUGUUAACAGUAAACUUGAUCGUGAAACAACAGACUUCUAUGUUCUUACUGUAGUGGUUAGUGAUGGAGGAUCUCCAGCCAGAAGUGCUAAUACUAACAUCAGGAUUAGCAUCACAGACAAGAACGACAAUAAACCAGUAUUCAGCCAGUCAAAUUACAAGUUUUCAAUAGAAAGGGAUUUACUUGGGUUAACUAUCGUUGGUCAAGUGAUAGCUACGGAUGCCGACAUUGGUUUGAACUCAGACAUCUACUAUAGUGUAGAGUCAGCAUCUGCUUAUGGCAUUUUCACUCUUAAUUCAGCAACAGGUGAGAUAACAACUAGAAGUGACAUUGAACUACUCUCAGAGAUCAGCUAUAAGUUGAUUGUGAAUGUCAGUGACAGAGGCAUAGAUCCAGAACCGUUAAGUAACAGAGUUGAUGUUACAAUCAUCAUUGUUGAACCUCAGAUUAUAAAUUUGGAGGCGACAGACAAUGGGUUCAUGCUCAGUCAAGUUGAAAGGGCAUCCAAAAAGCGAUAUGAACAACAGUAUGGAUUUUACCUUCAGCGACCUGUCAAGAGCAGAGGAACUGUAUCAGGAAGCUUUGGUUCAAUCACAGCCGUAGACUCCGGAGACUUGGUUGCUGAAUCAGCAACCGAAACUCCAUUAAAGCUGUAUUGCAAACUACUCCAAAGUGUUGUGUAUCAAGAGCAGGCAUCUGUCACCGCUGUCAUUUAUGGUCAUGACUCUGGUCUGUCUUCUCUCAUUAAUCCAGUCCAGGUGCAGCUGUUGAUAGAACCAUCAGACCAGCUAAAGUCUCAAGCUUCAAGCACACUCAGCAGUUUUUGUACUUUGAAUGCUCAAUUUGGCUACUGCACCGUCAUGGUAAAUCAGCUUCCAGAAGAAUGGUUUAAUCCGAGCUUGGGUCAAAAUGAUCCUCAAAUCCACGUUGUUGUCAAAUUCGGUUUCAGUUCUCAAACAGCUGAUUUGAUGUCUACGUGUGGUCGUGUUCAAGUCGUACCACAGCAAGACUGGGAGAAGAAACUUGUGGCAGAUCUCAUGCUUGUCAUUCCAUCUCGGACAUUUUUUCCAGGCGACCAGGUGUCAAUAGAUGUUUUUGCUGGAGCUCCAAGUGGCACUGCUAAGUUUAUAGACGGCAUCAUUACUACUCCCUAUCCUGAACUACUGAAUUCUAUCACUAUCACAUAUGCUGCUGAUUGGACUGAUUGGUUGAGUGAAACACCGACAGAUAACCGUCCUACUACCAUUCUCCAAAUUCAGAAACAGCUCACUGAGGCUGGAGUUGAGAAACACGAACUAGGCUCACCUCAAAAGGUGUGCACAAUUAAAAUUAGAUUUGGUGACAUCAGUGCACAACAAGCGAACAUCACAUUGGCUGGUGUUUUGUAUAGUCUGGUAGAUUCACAAACGAAUCUUCGCAAUCUUGACAACCAAAAGAUCUCGUCAUCAGAUCGUUAUGGUACUGGGCACAGUAGAGAUGGCAAGGUGUAUUUUGAAAAAGAUCGAACAUUGUAUUACAUUGCUGCUGUUUCUCAAGGAGAAAUGAUCAAUACUGCUGUUUUGGAUGGAGUGCGAUUGAGUGCAAAGAUUACAGUCUGGGGUUUCCAUACAAAUCUAGCUUUUGAAUCAAAUCCAGCAGAUGUCACUAGUUACAAUCCUCCAGUUGUCGAAUCUGGUCUGCACUGUGCCAGCGAUCGUUCAACACAACUGCAAGCGAAAGCUGAUUGUACUAGUGUAUACUUGAAUGGGACUGAAACUAGUGGAUCAGAAAGUGUUGCGGUUUUUGUGAGAUUGGCUGGCACUUCAAUUGUUGUCGCCAACUUUACUGUGCGUGUGUGGUACCCGGACAUUCCUCUUACUCUCUGGUUAAAUGACAAUACAUUGAAUCGUAUCAAUGGAUGGCUUACUGGCUCAAACUGUCAAUCGCCUUCGUAUCAGGUUGCCAGAUUCAAAGUCUAUGCUAAGUUCCGUUCUUCUGCCAACUCGCCUUGGUUUAAUGCUGAUGUCACUCAGUAUGUUGAGAAACGAAUUGAAAGUGAAAAUCAAAAUAUUGGAAGAAUAAUCGAUGGCUUGUUGGUUGCUCAAUCUCAACAAUCAAGCAGCAAUUUGAUUGUAACAAACUCGUAUGGUCGCAGACUUGCUACGGAAUCGUUUAUAGUUACUUCAACGCCUGUUGAUAUUGUGGAAUUAGAUGUCAAAGUGAAAUCCAGUGUAACUCUGAGUAUAGAGCAUUCUUCGCCGGUAGAAAGGUUUUCAAACCAAACCGUCACCUUGCAAGUCGAAGACAAACUGUCGAGGAAGGGAGAACUGGCAGACAUAACGAUAUCAGCUACUUUUACAGAUGGCACUCGAAUGCUACUUGUUAUACCAAAUCGUGACAUUACUCUAACAUCCCACAAUACAAGUGUUGCUACACUGGAGAACAACUAUGUAAUUGCUGUGAAUGAAGGAUUUACUGAAAUCGGUGCUAAUUGGACUGCAUGUGGACAAACCAUAGCAUUGGGAUCAACGGUAGUACAAUUUGAGAAGAAGCAAGUGCCAUGUUUCAAGGAGGCAAUCUAUAGAAUUGAGCUGCUUGAGAAUGUUCCUGUGGGUAAAAUUCUCCAACUUGAGAUCGAUGUCAACCUCGAUGAUGUGGAAGAUGCUGGUAUUGAGUUUGAGCCCCUUUUGGUGUCAGAGAAUCUUCAAUUUAAUGUUGAUAGAACGACAGGUUUGGUCACGACUGUUCAAACAUUGGAUCGAGAGACUGAGACAGCGUAUGAGCUCAGGGUGAGAGUCACAGAUAAGGCUCAGCGUGAAGCUCUUCGCAAGCUGAAUACGAAUGAGAAUACAUCUACUAGUGGUGAUGGUGCAUUUCUCGGUUCCACAGUGACUGAGUGUGUGGCUACUAUUUUUAUUACUGUUUCUGAUGUCAAUGAUAAUUCUCCAGAAUGCUCGCCUGUGGAAGUUCCUCAAAUCAGUCAACUUGAGAAGGUCGGCUUUCAAGUUGCUGUUGCUCAGGCUCGUGACAUCGAUGAAGGCACAAACGCUGCUCUCACUUACACAAUUGUUGAUGGGGAUCCAAAUGAGAGAUUUCGCAUUCAUUCUACUUCUGGUGUAAUUGUAAUUGCCAACAACUUGUCAACCGAUUUAACUCAGUAUGCAUUACAAGUUGAGGCCAGAGAUGGUGGCAACAAGGUUGACACUUGUUUUGUAACUGUCACCACAUACAGUCCAAGCUGGCAGGUGUGUGUACCAGCUGUUGGUAUUUCGGAGACUCGAUUUGGUGACAUCAAGUCUGACUUUGAAAAGAGAAUGGGAGAAAUUUAUGAUCUUGAUAUUUUCAUUACUCAAUAUAGUGAGGAACAGGGAGACUCUGGCGAAACCAGGUUGAAGAUAUGUUUCUAUGGGUAUCGUAAAGAUGACACCCGCCUGUCACCAAUUGAUCUUCUUGGAAGGAUCAUUGACAGAGGAGAUCAACUCAGGAGUUUAGCAGCUACAGAAUUCAACUUUCCAUUGAAUGUGGCUGAAGCCGAUGUGUUUGAUCCACUCACUAAACUAGAUCCAAGUACAGGUGACUCUUCAUUUCCUCUUUGGGUGAUCAUUGUACUGGUUGUUGUUAUCAUCAUUGGUGUUCCACUUAUUCUAAUUGUCAUUCGAUAUCGUCACAAAUCUCACGUUGCUAAACAACAGAGAAGACUCAAUCAGGAAUCAGAAAGAAUUGGACUACGAGACCUCGAUAGCUUAGAUGCACCAGUUUGUGAUGAUAACAUUGUAAGUGGUGGUGUGUUUGAUCCUGAAUUGGGAGAGGCUCGAACCUUCAAAACAACAACACAUGAAGAGAUGAUAGCCACCGGUGAGGAUAACCUACAACGUCGUAUCAAGACAAUUACAGAAGACACCGGGAUCCUUGGAAAACAUGAAGAAGGCCUGGAACUAGAGCCAAAGACAAUGCCUAGAAAGUUGGGUCGUCGUGACUGGGACGUGCAGCCAGACAAUCCACUUUAUGCUUCCCAGGAAUAUCUCAGCGACUUCAACAACCCUUUGUAUGACUCGGCUUCACCAUCUCAAGUUCAAGUAGUAAAAGACAAAGAUACCGAGGAAGAGGUGGAGAUGGACGAUUAUGCUCCUCUGGUAAAACACGAGGUAGAACCACCGAGUGGUCGGCCAACAGGUCGGCAGAGAACUGUGCUGGUUGGAAAGCGAGAGUCUAGUGCAGAUGAGAUGGCAUUUGCAAAGGAAAACUUUCUUGAUUACUUGAGUGGAGACACAGGCGGUGAUGAGAAGGACACAGCAAUGUGAUAACCUUUGACUUCUUAGAUUAUCAAUAUGUAGUUUCUAGUAUUGCUACCAUAUAUGCUUAGCUGUAGCAGGUAGGUCUUUGUAUCCUUUUGCACGUUUUAGUCUUUAUGUUGUGUUUGCAGAGUAGCGCUGACAUUUUUAGAUAAAUAUAUUACUCAAUCAAUUUACA